AUGGCUGCACUUAGGAGAGGAAGUGGAGGUAUUCAUGCAAAAGCUGCUGAUGUUGGUGCCAAUAUUAUAGACAAGGUCGAGUUCUCCCAUUUUUCACUCUCCGUGAUAACUGAAAAUGAUGGUGAUAUUGCCGGUAUAGUGGUAUGCGAUAUGAACUAUUCGGUCCUCACUCAAAAUCAACAUGUGCUGCUCUUGUUUUUGGCUCCAUCUCCUCAUUUGGAAGCAACUAUGACUGCAAUGCUAUCUUUGCUCAUUAGUUCUGCAGGUAUCCUUGUUUGUUUGCUCAUCAUGUGA